ACAGAGGGCAUCCCUGCUCAUUGAUAUGUAGACCCGGCGAAUGCGGCUGCUGGAAGCCUCCUCCGACCGCUCUUUUUUUCCUCCGCAGCCGUCAUCUCUCAGCCCCCCGCCCCCUUCCCGUGGAAUCUUUGCCUGAUCCAGUUCGUUUCCCUCCGGUCUCCACAUUUUCCCUUCCAGCCCUCCACUUCUCCGGAUCAAUGGAUAGUACGGCUCCAAGUCCCAGCUCACACACCGCUGGCGGACACCCCAGUAACAAGUGAGAGCGCUUCUCCCCGCAGCCCUUGUCUCUCCUGCCUCGGUCCCCUUGGCUCUUGGAGGAAACACGAACAGCAUCCCCAGCUCCGGAGCGGAUUUUCCUCUUCAACUUUACGCAGCUGAGGAUAGGGUACCAGCCGCAACCCGUGAAUGCACAGCCCAGCCACAGGAUUGCUUUCCGUCUCCUCUUGGUCGCCCCUGGAUAUUCUGCUUAUUGAUGACUCGCCAGCUCCGCGGAGAGCCGUCUUCCCUCCUCUUGCUCCCUCUGUUUCCUUGAGUUAGUUUUCAAAGGUUUUGCGGGUCUCGGGAUCUCUUGGACCGAAUGGAACUUUUCGCUGCCUGCUUUUGCUGUUGAUUCUGUCAGUGGACGAGGACAAGGGCUUCGGAGGCAGAAGAGGCGCAAGGGAGGUGGGGAAAGAGGUGGAGGAAGAGGACGAGGAGGAGGAGGAGGAAGCCGAAGGGGCUCGGCGGGAGUGUGUGCAUGUAUGCAUGGGCGUGUGAGUGCAUGUGUGUGAGAGCCGCCGCUGCCCAGGACCCCCGGCCCCGAAGGUGUUGGUUGAAAUAUGGAGAAUAGUCUUGGAUGUGUUUGGGUACCCAAGCUGGCUUUUGUACUCUUCGGAGCUACCCUGCUCAGCGCACAUCUUCAAGUCACCGGUUUCCAAGUCAAGGCUUUCACGUCGCUGCACUUCCUGUCGGAGCCUUCGGAUGCCGUCACCAUGCGGGGAGGAAACGUCCUCCUGAACUGCUCCGCGGAGUCAGACCGAGGCGUCCCAGCCAUCAAGUGGAGGAAAGACGGCAUCCACCUGGCCUUGGGAAUGGACGACCGGAAGCAGCAACUUCCCAAUGGGUCUCUGCUGAUACAAAACAUCCUUCACUCCAGGCACCAUAAGCCAGACGAGGGGCUUUACCAGUGUGAGGCGUCUUUGGGAGAUUCUGGGUCAAUUAUUAGCCGGACAGCAAAGGUUGCAGUAGCAGGACCACUGAGGUUUCUAUCCCAGACAGAAUCUGUCACAGCCUUCAUGGGAGACACCGUGUUACUCAAGUGUGAUGUCAUCGGGGAGCCAAUGCCAACCAUACACUGGCAGAAAAACCAGCAAGACCUGACUCCAAUCCCAGGCGACUCCCGGGUGGUGGUGUUGCCCUCUGGCGCUCUGCAGAUCAGCCGCCUUCAACCAGGGGACGUUGGAAUCUAUCGGUGCCUAGCCCGGAAUCCAGCCAGUUUGAGAACAGGAAAUGAGGCUGAAGUCAGAAUUUUGUCAGAUCCAGGACUGCACAGGCAGCUGUAUUUCCUGCAGAGACCGUCCAACGUGGUAGCCAUCGAAGGAAAAGACGCCGUCCUGGAGUGCUGUGUUUCUGGCUACCCUCCCCCGAGCUUCACCUGGUUACGAGGAGAGGAAGUCGUCCAACUCAGGUCCAAAAAGUAUUCAUUAUUGGGUGGAAGCAACUUGCUCAUCUCCAACGUGACAGAUGACGACAGCGGAACUUACACCUGUGUUGUCACAUAUAAAAAUGAGAACAUCAGUGCCUCUGCAGAGCUCACGGUCUUGGUUCCGCCCUGGUUUUUAAAUCAUCCUUCCAACCUCUAUGCCUAUGAAAGUAUGGAUAUUGAGUUUGAAUGUGCAGUCUCUGGGAAGCCUGUGCCCACUGUGAAUUGGAUGAAGAAUGGAGAUGUGGUCAUUCCUAGUGAUUAUUUUCAGAUAGUGGGAGGAAGCAACUUACGCAUCCUUGGAGUGGUGAAGUCGGACGAAGGCUUUUAUCAGUGCGUGGCCGAGAACGAGGCUGGAAAUGCCCAGACCAGUGUCCAGCUCAUCGUCCCCAAGCCUGCUAUCCCGAGCUCCAGCAUCCUUCCUUCCGCUCCCAGAGAUGUGGUCCCCGUCUUGGUUUCCAGCCGGUUCAUUCGUCUCAGCUGGCGCCCACCCGCGGAAGCAAAAGGGAACAUUCAAACCUUCACGGUCUUUUUCUCCCGGGAAGGGGACAACAGGGAACGAGCACUGAAUACGUCCCAGCCCGGGUCCCUUCAGCUCACCGUGGGAAACCUGAAGCCAGAAGCCAUGUACACCUUCCGCGUCGUGGCCUACAACGAGUGGGGGCCCGGGGAGAGCUCGCAGCCCGUCAAGGUGGCCACUCAGCCCGAGUUGCAAGUCCCAGGUCCAGUAGAAAACCUGCAAGCUGUAUCUACCUCACCUACCUCAAUUCUUAUUACCUGGGAACCCCCUGCCUAUGCAAAUGGUCCAGUUCAAGGUUACAGAUUGUUCUGCACUGAGGUGUCCACGGGGAAGGAACAGAAUAUAGAGGUUGAUGGACUAUCUUAUAAGCUGGAAGGCCUGAAAAAAUUCACGGAGUAUACUCUUCGAUUCCUAGCUUAUAAUCGCUACGGGCCAGGAGUUUCUACUGACGAUGUGACCGUGGUCACCCUUUCUGACGUGCCGAGUGCCCCGCCUCAGAACGUCUCGCUGGAAGUGGUCAAUUCCAGGAGCAUCAAAGUAAGCUGGCUGCCUCCUCCAUCAGGAACACAGAAUGGAUUUAUCACUGGCUACAAAAUUCGACACAGAAAGACAACCCGCAGAGGAGAGAUGGAGACGCUGGAGCCCAACAACCUCUGGUACCUGUUCACAGGACUGGAGAAAGGAAGUCAGUACAGUUUUCAAGUGUCAGCCAUGACAGUCAAUGGCACUGGACCACCUUCCAACUGGUACACAGCGGAGACCCCAGAGAAUGAUCUCGAUGAAUCACAGGUCCCUGACCAGCCAAGCUCGCUUCAUGUGAGGCCCCAGACCAACUGCAUCAUCAUGAGUUGGACUCCUCCCUUGAACCCGAACAUCGUGGUGCGGGGCUACAUCAUCGGCUACGGAGUGGGGAGCCCUUACGCUGAGACAGUGCGUGUGGAUAGCAAACAGCGAUACUAUUCCAUUGAGAGGCUGGAGUCAAGUUCCCAUUAUGUAAUCUCCCUAAAAGCUUUCAACAACGCAGGAGAAGGUGUCCCUCUCUAUGAAAGUGCCACCACCAGAUCCGUCACAGAUCCCACUGACCCAGUUGAUUAUUAUCCUUUGCUUGAUGAUUUCCCCACCUCGGUCCCAGAUGUCUCCACCCCCAUGCUCCCACCUGUAGGUGUGCAGGCUGUGGCUCUUACCCAUGAUGCCGUGAGGGUCAGCUGGGCAGACAACUCUGUCCCUAAGAACCAAAAAACGUCCGAAGUGCGACUUUACACUGUCCGGUGGAGGACCAGCUUUUCUGCAAAUGCGAAAUACAAGUCAGAAGACACAACAGCUCUGAGUUACACAGCAACAGGCCUCAAACCAAACACAAUGUACGAGUUCUCGGUCAUGGUAACAAAAAACAGGAGGUCCAGCACGUGGAGCAUGACUGCGCAUGCCACCACGUAUGAAGCAGCCCCGACCUCUGCUCCCAAGGAUCUGACAGUCAUUACUCGGGAAGGGAAGCCUCGCACAGUCAUCGUGAGCUGGCAGCCUCCCUUGGAAGCCAACGGGAAAAUUACUGCUUACAUCUUGUUUUAUACCUUGGACAAGAACAUACCAAUUGAUGACUGGAUUAUGGAAACAAUCAGUGGUGAUCGGCUGACUCAUCAAAUCAUGGAUCUCAACCUUGACACGAUGUAUUACUUCCGAAUUCAAGCACGAAACGUGAAAGGAGUGGGGCCCCUCUCUGAUCCCAUCCUCUUCAGGACUCUGAAAGUGGAACACCCUGACAAAAUGGCUAAUGACCAAGGUCGUCAUGGAGAUGGAGGUUAUUGGCCAGUUGAUACUAAUUUGAUUGAUAGAAGCACACUCAACGAGCCACCCAUUGGCCAGAUGCACCCCCCGCAUGGCAGUGUCACUCCACAGAAGAACAGCAGCGUGCUUGUGAUCAUUGUGGUCACCGUGGGCAUCCUCACGGUGCUGGUGGUGGUGGUCGUGGCCGUGAUUUGCACCCGGCGCUCAUCAGCCCAGCAGAGAAAGAAGCGGGCCACCCACAGUGCUGGCAAAAGGAAGGGCAGCCAGAAGGACCUGCGGCCCCCUGAUCUUUGGAUCCAUCACGAGGAAAUGGAGAUGAAAAACAUCGAGAAGCCGGCAGGCACCGACCCGGCGGGAAGGGACUCCCCCAUCCAGAGUUGCCAAGAGCUCACACCAGUCAGCCACAGCCAGUCAGAGACCCAGCUGGGGAGCAAGAGCACCUCUCACUCAGGUCAAGACACUGAAGAAGCAGGGAGCUCCAUGUCCACCCUGGAGCGGUCCCUGGCUGCUCGCCGAGCCACCCGGGCAAAGCUCAUGAUCCCUAUGGACGCGCAGUCCAACAAUCCUGCUGUCGUGAGUGCCAUCCCCGUGCCAACCCUAGAAAGUGCCCAGUACCCAGGAAUCCUCCCAUCUCCCACCUGCGGAUACCCUCACCCACAGUUCACGCUCCGGCCUGUGCCAUUCCCAACGCUGUCCGUGGACCGAGGUUUCGGAACAGGAAAAACGGUGAAUGAAGGACCAACCACCCAACAGCCACCCAUGUUACCCCCAACACAGCCUGAGCAUCCCAGCAAUGAGGAGGUGCCAAGUAGAACCAUCCCCACCGCCUGCGUUCGACCGACUCAUCCACUCCGCAGCUUUGCUAACCCAUUGCUACCUCCACCGAUGAGUGCAAUAGAGCCGAAAGUCCCUUACACACCGCUUUUGUCUCAGCCAGGGCCCACUCUUCCUAAGACUCAUGUGAAAACGGCCUCCCUUGGGCUGGCUGGAAAGGCAAGAUCUCCUUUGCUUCCUGUAUCUGUGCCCACGGCCCCUGAAGUGUCUGAGGAGAGCCACAAGCCAACAGAAGAUCCAGCCAACGUGUAUGAACAGGAUGAUUUGAGUGAGCAAAUGGCAAGUUUGGAAGGGCUAAUGAAACAACUCAAUGCCAUCACAGGCUCGGCCUUUUAGCACGCAUUGCCGAAUAGAUGAGGUGAAUUUUCCGGGAACUUCACAGCAUACCAAUUACCCAUCAACAGCACACCCGUGUCCAAGAACUCCAACCAGCGUACAGGCCGAUCACCAGGACCACUCAGUUCCAGAAGCUCCUGAACCAGCUCAGAAGAAAUCAUGGUCCUUUCUUUCACAGGCAUCAGGACUUCGAAAAUGAUUACCAUGGGGUCUUUAAACAAAAGCUAAGAUCCGUCUUCACUGCACGGGCAAAGCCGAAGCUGCUAAAAUAGUCCUGGGCCUUUACCACCACAAUGAUCUCAUUUUCUAAUGCUUACACUUCCCUUCAUCGAGGCCUGUCCUUUUCUGAUGUGUAGGUCUAGUCUUACGAAAUGCAAGUGCAUUAUUUAAGCCUGAACCAUGCCAUGGCAAGCCAGUGUGAGCUUACUCUUUGUUUUCAACUUACAAGUACAAAGCACCCACGGGAGUUCUCUCACUACACAGCACCAAAGGAUUGGAUGUUUUCCUGACAGCACAAAAAGUAAAUAAGUAAACAGAUGAAAGGCAGCCAAUGCUGGUGUUCUGUAACGCAGUCAUUCUGUCUUGUCCAAGUGGUGGGUAUUAGCAAGUGGCUGUGAAACUCACCCGUCUUAGCAAGUAUUUGUCAAUCCGCCCUGGGUUAACAUUUCUGUCUGGAGAGCAGGGACAUAAAAAUCUGCACCCGAUGGCAUCCUGCCAGCAGCAGUCCAUUUCCUGGAAGAGGAUACACAAUAUGCAGUCUUCUCAGACACGUGGUAAUUCUGUGCUUAAGCUCAUAAUAGGACACUUUUCAAUUUGGGUGGCUCUUGUGCCAUACCACACUGUGAUCAUAUUUCAAAGCUUCACCAAGGCCAUCUUCCUCAGGAGUCUGGCUGGAAGAGUUGCGCCCUCCACCCAGUCCCUCCCUGAGUCCUUCCUGGCCGCCAGCCUUGGGCGAGGUGGCCAGCGCUACACAUUGCAUGGCUUCCUGACCAAUGUCCCCAUAACCCUCUGUGGAAAUGGCAGGACCCCUGAGAACAGGCCCUGAAGAAGGGACGGAAAACGGAAGGCAGUUUCAAACACUUUAUGUCGCUUCCACCAACAGGGUCCUUGCUGGCCUAGAGUGGGCAGUGUUUAUAAGUGGCAACCAACGGGCCCUGUUGCCUCCUAUUUCCCCCACCCACGCCCUGAGCCUCCCCCCUCCCCGCAACCCCCUUCCCUGAGUCAGAGCAGAGCAGAGGGGAAGAAGUCAUUCAACACCUCUGACACAUCGUAACUCCAGGGGCUGCUUUUCAAAGCUGCAUCUUCAUUGUGAGCUAGAAUGUUAAGCUUUCGUUGCCAUGUUUAUCUACAUUUGGGAACCGGGUGAAACUAAGAGCAGUUGGAGUAGAUCCUUUUAGUUUCUGAACUUCAGCUGCAUUUGGAGUUAAUCCCUGUUUAUGCAGCCCCAUCGCCAGAAGAGAGCUAGUUUGCAUAUUUAUCAGUUAGGCGACCUGAAAACCCAAUAGGAGUUUCAGCUGAAUUAGUCCUUUCAGCUCUGCCUUUGAUUUCAAGCUUGAGUAGGUCAUAAUUUUCAAAGAGCAUGGAAGGGAUAGGAUCUUUACAACCUAAUAGCUCCUUUUAUUAGGUGGGUAAUUAUAUAUGAAUCCCUGAAUGAAAUAUUUUGAGCAAAGUGGCACUGUAACAGAAGUAAUAAUUCAGAUUAUUUUUUUACAGUUUUAUGUCGGGAAGGAAAUCUGAUGUCAAGCAGAGGGCUUGUUCGAAUGGUUCAUUAGAAAGUCAGGUCCAUCUGUGAAAUCGUUCCUUCAACAAGAGUGCUCGUUCAGUUUACUGAGAUUUUCUUAAAGUCCUUCUGAAGAGCUAAGUGACGUUCGUUAUUCGCAGGGCAGAUUACCCUUGUUUAACUCUAGGGGCUUAGGGAGACAACCCUCCACUGACCUGGAACAAGGCAUUCCAUAACAUAAUAUUGAAUCUUGCAGAAAGAAUGUAUUGCUUCAGAAAAGACAAUGCUCAUUAGUCUUACCUUCUUGAGG